CGCGGCUGCUGCGCGCAGGGCUGCCUCCCGCCGCCGUCCCCGCCGCGGCCGCCCACCUCAGGAGCGGCCGGGGCCGCCGUCGCCGCCCGCCGGGGCCGCCGCUCGGCCGCCCGAAGAUGCCGCCGGCCGCCGACGAGGACCGCGCGCUCCUCCGCCGCCGGCGUCGCCGCCGGAGGGACCUUCUGCUGAGCCAGCUCUGCUUCCUGGCGUCGGUGGCGCUGCUGCUCUGGUCGCUGUCGAGCCUACGAGAACAGAAGGAAUUUGACCUCAUGGACCUCAUUGGGGAAGACAGAAAGUGGAUGGUGGGGAGGAAGCUGAUGCAAGUGAAUGACACUCUUACUUCUGAAGAUGCAGGGCUCUUGAGCAGCAAGAACUGCACCGAACCAGCCCUGCACGAAUUCCCCAGUGACAUUUUCACCAAUGAGGACAGAAGACAAGGCGCUGUAGUCCUUCAUGUGCUCUGUGCCAUGUACAUGUUCUACGCACUCGCCAUUGUGUGUGAUGACUUCUUCGUCCCCUCCUUGGAGAAGAUCUGUGAGCGCCUGCACCUCAGUGAAGAUGUGGCAGGGGCGACAUUCAUGGCAGCAGGCAGCUCGGCCCCAGAGCUCUUCACCUCCGUCAUAGGGGUCUUCAUCACCAAGGGAGACGUGGGAGUUGGUACCAUCGUGGGCUCAGCCGUCUUCAAUAUCCUGUGCAUCAUUGGGGUCUGCGGACUCUUCGCCGGCCAGGUGGUGGCUCUGUCCUCCUGGUGCCUGCUGAGGGACUCCAUCUACUACACGCUGUCCGUGGUUGCACUUAUUGUGUUCAUUUAUGAUGAAAAAGUCUCCUGGUGGGAGUCUUUAGUGCUUGUGCUGAUGUAUCUUAUCUACAUUGUCAUCAUGAAAUACAAUGCUUGCAUACAUCAGUGCUUUGAAAGGAGAACCAAAGGUGCUGAGAACAUGGUCAACGGGCUGGCCAACAAUGCCGAAGUUGACGACAGCAGCAACUGCGACGCCACUGUGGUGCUACUUAAGAAAGCUAAUUUCCACCGUAAAACAUCGGUGAUCAUGGUAGAUGAACUGCUGUCGGCCUACCCCCACCAGCUUUCUUUCUCCGAGGCUGGCCUUCGAAUCAUGAUCACAAGCCACUUCCCACCUAAGACCCGGCUCUCCAUGGCCAGCCGCAUGCUAAUCAACGAGAGACAAAGGCUGAUCAACAGCAGAGCCUAUGCCAACGGGGAAUCUGAGGUGGCCAUCAAAAUCCCUAUCAAGCACACGGUGGAGAAUGGGACAGGGCCCAGCAGCGGCCCGGAGAGGAGCGGGAAUGGGCCUCGGAGGGAUGAAGUGGUGGCCGAAGUGGGCAGCGAGACAGAAAAUGAGAAUGAUGACAGCGAACACAACAGCAACGACGAGGAGGACGAGGAGGAUGAGGAGGAUGAGGAAGGCCCAUACACGCCUUUCGACCCCCCGUCUGGCAAACUGGAAACGGUGAAAUGGGCGUUCACCUGGCCCUUGAGCUUCAUCCUGUACUUCACGGUCCCCAACUGUAACAAGCCACGCUGGGAGAAGUGGUUCAUGGUGACCUUUGCCUCGUCCACACUGUGGAUCGCAGCCUUCUCCUACAUGAUGGUGUGGAUGGUCACCAUCAUCGGCUAUACCCUGGGGAUACCUGAUGUCAUCAUGGGAAUCACCUUCCUGGCUGCCGGAACCAGCGUGCCCGACUGUAUGGCUAGCCUCAUCGUGGCCAGACAAGGGAUGGGGGACAUGGCCGUGUCCAACUCCAUUGGAAGCAACGUGUUUGACAUCCUGAUUGGCCUGGGACUUCCCUGGGCUCUGCAGACCCUGGCUGUGGAUUACGGCUCUUACAUUCGACUGAAUAGCAGGGGGCUGAUCUACUCCGUGGGCCUGCUCCUGGCCUCUGUCUUUGUCACGGUGUUUGGCGUCCACCUGAACAAGUGGCAGCUGGACAAGAAGCUGGGCUGCGGGUGCCUGUUCCUGUAUGGUGUGUUCCUGUGCUUCUCCAUUAUGACGGAGUUCAACGUGUUCACCUUUGUGAACUUGCCCAUGUGUGGCGACCACUGACUGCCAGGCCUCCCACACCAGGCUGUUCCUUCUUUUCUGUGCAAUACGAGACCCAGCCACAUCCCAAGUCACGUAGGCCCCCCCUCUCCGCAGGGCCGUGGCGUCUGUCUCCCGAGCUGUCCGCAGGCAGCCUCCUCUCUCGUCCUGGUGGUCCAAGCUCUUUCUGCCCUCCCUGCCACCACCACCUCGGGAAGGCAGCUCCCCCAGUCUUCUUAGGUCCUACCUACCUCCCCCCAUCAACCCCUCUUCUCCGUGUGAAGACGCUCAGUCCCCACGUGAAUUUUUAAGCUCCGUUUCUGAACCGUGACUGAGAUUCUAGGAAAAACAAAACAAAACAAAACAGAACUGGCUGCUAACUGGCCCAAGCCAGGCACAACUUCUUAACAGUCUCUCCUCCUUUUCUUAAGUUAUUUGCCAGAUGAUGAACCUAAUUUAUGUGGGGAGACUAUUGAAGCAAUAGAGCUGGAGUGUUAGGAUUAUAUUUUAGGCUGAUUACUUGGUGACUGGGUGUUGGGGUUGUGUCACUAGGGGAGAACGCUCCCCUCUUCCUUUCCCUGGGCUUGGGAUUAUCAGUGCCCUGAGGGGGCACCACCAUCCCUGGUGGGAGUGCUUAGUGGGAGAGGCACAGAAUGAGGCCACAGGGAAGGAAUGCAUUGACUGUUGCUGCCCACUGACGGACACCGGGCUGGAGCCUUGGGAAGUGGCAGGGGUGGGGGAGGGGGGAGAACGGCACAUUGCCGAGAGAGGGAUGGAGGAAGAUGGUGCCCCUCUCUCCUUGUCCAUCUCCCCAUCUCUUUCUUACUAGGUUCUCUCGAGUUUCUCUAAGCAAUAGUUCUAGCCUGCCUGAAGCCUGUGACAAGUUUCAGGCUGUCCCUGCGCAAGGUGCCAGGCAGUCAAUGACAGAAGCUUUCCCAAUGCGUAUGUGUCCCCGAGGUGUGCUCUUGUUGCUUGGUAUGUGGGAGGGCCGGGGGACCACGGGCAGUGGCCUCCCCUGCCUUUCACACAGGAGGUCCAGACACUGGUUUCUUGGAAAAUGGAGAGAAGCGCAUUUUUGCACAGAUGUUGUCAACAAGUCCCAAUCUGCCACUUGAUAUCGAGUACACUGGACCCUGACGACUGGCUCUUGGGCAAACGUCCUUCCUCAUGGAGGAGGGGGCCAUAGGGGGACACUGCUGCCACUCUGGCCUCACUGCACCCUCCCCUCCUGGAGACACGGCCUCUGGGAAGGAGAGAACAGAGAACUGACACCUUUGGAACCACAGAAUGUGUUCAACGCAGACUCGCUCAAGGCCAUAAGUUAUUGUGAGCGGUUUUGUUGUUUUUUUUUUCUUUUCCUUUUUACCAACCACUGUUCGACGGCCCUGCUAGAUUUUGUAUGAUGCCGAUUUAUGAUGCAGAUGGUCAGUUCCACCACGUUGAGAUACACCCAUGCUUGUUACACCUAUAUUUAUUGAGAACUGUGGACUCUUGCCCCAUGCAGCCCCUCGUAGUUACGUUCAGCACUGAUGGCUUAUCAUUCAUUCGGUAUGGUUCCCCCUGACCCCGUCCCUUGUACACAUUCCGGUAUGAAUUGUAAAAAAAUAACCUGCUACACAUGGGUUGGGUGUUUCUGUCUCGGGUACAAACCAAGGCCAGCAUUAGCCAAGGCAGGGGGCACCUGCCCGGCCAAGGGAAUGAGAGAGAAGUCACCAGUUUGGGCUCUCAGAGCUAAGACACACUUAUUGAUUCUGUUGCACAUUUUGCACUGGUUUAUGGCGAUUGUUUUCUCGGACAGAUAGUGUAAAAUAAACUUCUCUGUUCCGUA